AUGUUCACGAGAGACCGAACACAGUAUUCAUUCCGACUCAGAUCCAACACUGUCUUUCGGUCUCGUCGAUGGAUCUGGUUCCGCUGGUUAGGAUAUCUAACCUGUCUGGUCACCGUCUUGCGGGUCUACUCAUAUCUCGCACAACACCCAGAGACGAAUCUGAUUCGAGCUGCUUACGAUUCCUUUUAUCGACCAGGGAUUCUUCUACCUGGUCAGUAUCAGGAAAAUGCUGCGUUCAUACCUGCGAAGGAUGAGGGGGAAUAUGAGAACCCGGAUCUGGAUGAGAUGGGGGUGGUCCGUGACAGGAGGUUCGAGAUCCAAUUAUCUUGGAAGUUAAUUGACAUGACGCUAAUCUAUGAUAUUACCUUCCUCAGAGACAAGCAGUUCUACCUCGGUGGUACCCUGACCCUGACCAGUAUCAAAUCCGUCAACGCCUCGCACCCAGUUCCAUUCAUCUACGACCCAUACCCAGCAUACAACAGUCGAAAAUGGAAGAAGCAAUACCAUGGCAAGUUUCAGCCUUGCAUAGGUCCUAGGGGCCAUUUCCUCGACCGCAAACGACCAGAAGAUAUGGUCCAAGUCUACAAAGGCCAACAAACCGGAUUCCCCGAACCACGAUUCGGAUCGCACGAGGCAAUGGACUUGGACGGCGAUGUGUGUACAGAUCGCUACUCCCGCUUUGGAGCAUAUGGAUUCGACGAAGAUGGCGAGGACAAAGUACCUGGUUUCUCACGGCCACCUGCGGUACCGUGGAGCCAAGUUGAUUGGUACGAGUUGCAAUCUCUAUGCCUGGAACGAAAUUCUGGCAGGUAUAAGUCGAGUGAUGUGGUGAAUGGUUCGAUGCGGAGUCCGCUUUCUUUUGAUCUUCCUAAUACCCCUCACAAGACUUGGGAGUCGCCUCCUGUUACGGCUUCGAAUGUGAAGCGGUUUCAUCCUCGCACUGCGCUUUUGAUUAGGGCUUGGAAUGGGUUGAUUUGGAAGCCGCAUCAUCGUGAAUAUCUCCGUGCUUUGAUUAUGGAGCUUUCUUUGCAUUCUGGUGGGGAGUAUCAGAUCUUCCUCUUGAUUCAUGUUAAGGAUGAUGAGAUGCCGAUUUUCUCGGAUACUAAGACGAUGAAUCGGCUUAAGAGUUCUAUUCCGGAGGAAUUUCGGAAUAUGGCUCUUUUCUUUAACAACAAACUUUUGGAGGCUUGGUAUCCAAAGAUAGAAGAACAUAGUCCCCAGCUUCAGCACCACCAACCACUGCAGAUCUUCGCCCAGUUAUAUCCCAACUUCGACUACUACUGGCAACUUGAAAUGGACGGUAGACACACCGGACAUAUCUACCACUUCCUCGAGCAAUCAGUCUCAUUCGCAAGAGACCAACCACGAAAAUACCUCUGGGAACGAAACGCCUACUUCUACACCCCCGGCGCACACGGCAACUGGAGCGAAUUCACCGCGAUGGUCGGCAAAAGCCUGGAAGGCCUAUCGAACAGAACAAUCUGGGGCCCAAUUUCCGGCACAGGAAUCAGACCCCUAGGCCCGGACCCCCCAGUCCCGCACCCCGACUACGACAACUACACCUGGGGCGUCGGCGAAGAAGCAGACUUCAUAACUUUCCUGCCCAUCUUCAACCCAAAAGACACAGCAUGGACAUUCCCCGACAAAAUCUGGAACUUCAAAUACGGCAACGAAACCCCACGCCGUGCGGCAGUUAUCACAAUGGGUCGGUACUCCAAACGUCUCCUAGAUUUGAUCCAUUACGCACAAGCGACGAAGGGACUCGGUCUUGCUUCCGAAAUGACGGGUGCGUCGUGGUCGCUGUUCCAUGGUCUAAAGGCUGUGUAUGUUCCGCAUCCUAUCUAUGCCGAUGGCCAGUGGACGCCGCAGGAACUGGCGCGCAUUUAUAACCCCGGCACGCCGGAAAAUAUCAAUGGGGGUCCGGAUACCGUUUGA